CCACCCCCAAUUUCCGACCCCUACACCCACCUCACUACCGCCGUCCCUGGCAAACAACUCCGCCCCCCUCCCUCUCUCAGACGAGUCACACUUACAUAUGCAUCCAUUAUUAUCAGUCAACCUUACACUCAUUAGAACAAGGGAAUUUUGAAUGACACUGGGUCCAUUGUUGCCGCAUUGAUUUUUGCCCGAAAUUAUCUCUCCAGAGUCCAGAUUGCAGUGGAAGGAUGAGUCUUCAGAUCAUUCGGAAUAUGUUUCAGGGGCAGCAGGGGGGUAGAGUUGAGGUAAACGAGGUUGAAUUAUUCUACAUGAAGUCUCAUGGAAGGAAGGUGGCAAGGCUUCACAUGCAUGACUGGCUUAUAUUGCUACUACUUGCCAUCAUUGAAAUCAUUCUAAACAUCAUUCACCCUUUCUACCGCUUUGUGGGCAAAGACAUGAUGACAGAUCUUAAAUACCCAAUGAAAGAUAACACCGUUCCCUUGUGGGCCGUACCCGUGUAUGCGGUGUUGUUGCCUAUACUUGUGUUUGUAUUCAUCUAUUUCAAGAGAAGAGAUGUAUACGAUCUUCACCAUGCUAUUUUAGGGCUCUUAUUUUCUAUACUUAUAACCGGAGUCCUCACAGAUGCUAUAAAAGACGCCACUGGACGCCCUAGACCUGAUUUCUUUUGGCGUUGCUUUCCUGAUGGAGUUGAUAAUUAUGAUCAAUGGGGGAAUGUUGUGUGUCAUGGGAAAGAUAGUGAUAUAAGAGAAGGUCAUAAGAGCUUUCCAAGUGGUCAUUCUUCAUGGUCGUUUGCGGGUCUAGGGUUUUUGGCAUUGUAUUUAGCUGGGAAGAUCAAAGUGUUUGAUCGAAGGGGCCACGUGGCAAAACUAUGCAUUGUGUUUCUUCCAAUUCUUAUGGCGUCUCUUGUAGCUGUUUCACGUGUGGAUGAUUAUUGGCAUCAUUGGCAGGAUGUUUUUGCUGGAGGGAUUUUAGGUUUCACAGUUGCCAUUUUUUGCUAUCUGCAGUUUUUUCCAGCUCCAUAUCACUCUGAAGGAUGGGGUCCUUAUGCUUAUUUUAGGGCUUUGGAAGAGACACGUUCAAAUAGAAGGGUAGAGGAUUCUGCAGUGGGUGAAGUUGGUAUGCAAAGUGAUGUAGAGUCUGGAAAAGUGUCGAGUUAAAUUUGUAGGUUU